AUGUAUCCGGAUCCGCACGCGAUAUAUCUGAAUCUGUCGUGUUUGGAUUUCCUGCUGAUGGAGCUGAUUCCGAUGUCGGAGCGGGUGGUCGAGGACGGGCGGAUAGGCGAGGAAGAGAGGAAGGGGGCGGUGUUUAAGCAUGUUGAGGGGCUCGGGUAUCGAGUUGGCCAGGGUUUAGCAGAGAGAUUCUCACAGGAUCGCCCACGGUUUACAGACGUGCUGGAUGUGAUGAAGUUUGUGUGCAAGGAUCUUUGGCAGCUAGUGUUCCGCAAGCAGAUUGACAAUCUAAAGACGAACCACCGGGGCGUGUAUGUGCUGACAGACUCGAGUUUCCGGCUGCUGAUGCGGAUGAGCACGGACGUGGGCGGGCUGGAUACAAUCACGCGCGCGCAGCCGUAUCUGUGGUUCCCGUGUGGGGUUAUCAGAGGCGCGUUGGCGAACUUGGGGGUGCAGGCUACGGUUGUGGCGGAGAUCACGGGGAUGCCGGUUGCGGUGUUUCAUGUGCAGACUAUGCGGCAGGAUAAUUAG